UCCAAACCAAACAGACAAAUCUUUCCUUUUCUUCAUCUGCAAGCAACAGACACAGAACAACAACACUCUUCCCUCUUCACAUCAACAAUGUCUGCUGCAGCCAUGGCCCUCUCCUCUCCUUCCUUCGCCGGCAAGGCAGUGAAGCUCUCCCCCUCACUGCCCUCGGAACUCAUGUGCGACGGCCGCAUCGCAAUGAGGAAAGCCGCCGCCAAGCCCAAGCCCGCUUCAUCCGGAAGCCCAUGGUACGGCCCGGACCGCGUCAAGUACCUGGGUCCGUUCUCUGGGGAGGCCCCAUCGUACCUGACCGGCGAGUUCCCCGGCGACUACGGCUGGGACACGGCCGGGCUCUCCGCGGACCCCGAGACAUUCGCCAAGAACAGGGAGCUCGAAGUGAUCCACUGCAGGUGGGCCAUGCUCGGAGCCCUGGGCUGCGUAUUCCCCGAGCUCCUGGCCCGCAACGGGGUGAAGUUCGGAGAGGCCGUUUGGUUCAAGGCCGGGGCCCAGAUCUUCAGCGAAGGUGGGCUUGACUACUUGGGCAACCCGAGCUUGGUCCACGCACAGAGCAUCCUGGCCAUUUGGGCCUGCCAGGUUAUUCUCAUGGGCGCGGUCGAGGGAUACCGGGUUGCGGGUGGGCCGCUCGGUGAGGUGGUCGACCCACUCUACCCGGGUGGCAGUUUCGACCCGUUGGGCCUGGCCGAUGACCCGGAGGCGUUUGCCGAGUUGAAAGUGAAGGAGAUCAAGAAUGGGCGGCUGGCUAUGUUCUCCAUGUUUGGGUUCUUUGUUCAGGCCAUUGUCACCGGAAAGGGACCGCUGGAGAAUUUGGCCGACCACAUUGCCGAUCCGGUCAGCAACAAUGCGUGGGCUUUUGCCACCAACUUCGUCCCCGGAAAGUGACGUGGGUUCGAAUUUGGAAUUUGGGUGAUUGGUGCUGAUUUGUAAAUGUGUUGAGCUUGGAAUUUGUAAAUUUGGGGGUUUGUCCUCUUUGCCUAAUUGCUUCAGCCCCACGCUUUCUAUGGAAAUUGUGAGAUUUGUCUGGGUAUUGUGGGAUUUGGUUUGUUAAUUAUUUUGGUGUCUUUUGUUGGAAAUCAAUGGAAGACUUGGAAAUUUGUUGCCACCAAUCCUUCCGGAAUUUCAGUUCAUAAACAAGUCAAUUUCCAUUUUCUACUUUCAGUAUGAAAUUAAAUUAUCGUAAUUUUA